AUGUUCGUGGAUCGGAUUUUCUCUGGUAUCCAGCCGACUGGGACGCCUCAUCUGGGGAACUACCUUGGAGCCAUUCAGAACUGGGUGAAUCUGCAGGAAGAGUGCAACUCAGUGUUAUAUAGCAUUAUGGACAUGCACUCUCUCACCAUGCCCAAGGAACCAGCUGUCCUGCGCCAGAACAUACUGGACACCACUGCUGCCAUCCUUGCCUGUGGUAUUGACCCAAAGAAAUGUUUCCUGUUCCGACAGUCACUGGUUUCUGAGCAUGCAGAACUUGCCUGGAUUCUUGGGUGCUUAACUGCUGUGCCACGUCUGCUACGCUUGCCCCAGUGGAAGAUGAAGCGUGCCAGCCAGAAUAAUGAAGGAAGUGUUGGUUUGUUGACUUACCCUGUGCUUCAAGCAGCAGAUAUUUUGCUGUACAAGUCGACACAUGUUCCCGUUGGAGAAGAUCAAGUCCUGCACCUGGAACUAGCCCAAGAUAUAGCACAACAUUUCAACAAGAAAUAUGGAGAAUUCUUUCCUGUGCCCAAAGCCAUUUUAAGUACAACGAAGAAAAUAAAAUCACUCAGAGAUCCAGCAGUGAAGAUGUCCAAAUCAGACCCGCAGAAGUUAGCAACUGUUAACAUAGCAGACAGCCCUGAUGAAAUAGUGCUGAAAUUCCGCAAAGCUGUGACUGACUUUACCUCUGAGGUGACCUACGACCCAGCCAGUCGCCCUGGUGUCUCCAAUCUGGUGUCCAUUCAUGCUGCAGUAACGGGGCUUAGCAUUAAAGAAGUGGUGCACCAGUCUGCUGGUCUUGACACUGCUCACUACAAAAUGGUGGUAGCAGACUCAGUUAUUCAAAAAUUUGCACCUAUCAGGAAUGAAAUCAAGAAACUCCAGGAAGACAAAUCCCAUCUGUUAAAGGUCUUAGAGGAUGGAGCAGAGAAAGCCAAAGAACUGGCUACCCCCAUCUAUAAAGAAAUAAGAAGACUGGUGGGAUUUCAAUAG